GCGCUCGCUCAGCCGCCGCCGCUCGGAGCAGCUGUGCGCCGGGAGCCGCGGGCCGGGCCAGCCGGGCCGCCGGGGCCCAGUGCACCGCGCUCGCAGCCGGUAGCGCCGCUAGCGCCCUUGGCGCUCGCUCGGCAGCUGCGGGGCCCGAGGCCGGACCGCAGAGGGGGCGAGGGCGGCGCCCAGGCGCCCGCCGCCCCGGAGGCAGGAUGAGCAUCGAGAUCCCGGCGGGACUGACGGAGCUGCUGCAGGGCUUCACGGUGGAGGUGCUGAGGCACCAGCCUGCGGACCUGCUGGAGUUCGCGCUGCAGCACUUCACGCGCCUGCAGCAGGAGAACGAGCGCAAAGGCAUCGCGCGCUUCGGCCAUGAGGGCAGGACCUGGGGGGAAGCGGGCGCCGCUGCCGCGGGCGGCACCCCCAGCAAGGGGGUCAACUUCGCCGAGGAGUCCGUGCACUCCGACUCCGAGGAAGGGGAGGAGGAGGAGGCGGCGCCUGCGGACGCGGGGGCGUUCAACGCUCCAGUAAUCAACCGAUUCACAAGGCGUGCCUCAGUAUGUGCAGAAGCUUAUAAUCCUGAUGAAGAAGAAGAUGAUGCAGAGUCCAGGAUUAUACAUCCAAAAACUGAUGAUCAAAGAAAUAGAUUGCAAGAGGCUUGCAAAGACAUCCUGCUGUUUAAGAACCUGGAUCCGGAACAGAUGUCUCAAGUAUUAGAUGCCAUGUUUGAAAAGUUGGUCAAAGAUGGGGAACAUGUAAUUGAUCAAGGUGAUGAUGGUGACAACUUUUAUGUAAUUGACAGAGGAACAUUUGAUAUUUAUGUCAAAUGUGAUGGUGUUGGAAGAUGUGUUGGUAACUACGAUAAUCGCGGGAGUUUCGGCGAACUGGCCUUAAUGUACAAUACACCCAGAGCAGCUACAAUCACUGCUACCUCUCCUGGUGCUCUGUGGGGUUUGGACAGGGUAACCUUCAGGAGAAUAAUUGUAAAAAAUAAUGCCAAAAAGAGAAAAAUGUAUGAAAGCUUUAUUGAGUCACUGCCAUUCCUUAAAUCUUUGGAGGUUUCUGAACGCCUGAAAGUAGUAGAUGUGAUAGGCACCAAAGUAUACAACGAUGGAGAACAAAUCAUUGCUCAGGGAGAAUUGGCUGAUUCUUUUUUCAUUGUAGAAUCUGGAGAAGUGAAGAUUACUAUGAAAAGAAAGGGUAUAUCAGAAGUGGAAGAGAAUGGUGCAGUAGAAAUUGCUCGAUGUUCGCGGGGACAGUACUUCGGAGAGCUUGCCCUGGUAACUAACAAACCUCGAGCAGCUUCUGCACAUGCCAUUGGGACCGUCAAAUGUUUAGCCAUGGAUGUGCAAGCAUUUGAAAGGCUUUUGGGACCUUGCAUGGAAAUUAUGAAAAGGAAUAUCGCCACCUAUGAAGAACAAUUAGUUGCCCUGUUUGGAUCAAACAUGGAUAUUGUUGAACCCACUGCAUGAAGCAAAAGUAUGGAACAAGAAGACCUAUAGUGACAAAAUUACACAGUAGUGGUUAGUCCACUGAGAAUGUGUUUGUGUAGAUGCCAAGCAUUUUCUGUGAUUUCAGAUUUUUUCCUUUUUUUACAUUUACAAUGUAUCAAUAAACAGUAGUGAUUUAAUAGUCAAUAGGCUUUAACAUCACUUUCUAAAGAGUAGUUCAUAAAAAUAUCAACAUACUGAUAAAAUGACUUUCUACUCCAUAAAAUUAUUUGACUGAAAGGUUUAUUCAGAUGAUUGUAAUAUAUUGAAAGUAUCCGUGUUUAAGAAGAUAAUUAAAGGAUGUUAUCAUAGGCUAUAUGUGUUUGACUUACUCAGAUUGAUAUAUUAGUGACUAUCCCCAUGUAAGAGGGCAUUUGGCAAUGAAUCAUGCUACACAGCAUGGCAUCACAUUCUUUUUAUAACUCAUUAUACAUAGUAAAAUUUUAAUCAUUUUUGUUUUAAAGUUUUUCUGGCUUGAUGAGUUAUGUACUGGCCUUGGUCUAUUGGUGAAAUGGUAUAAAACAUCAUAUGCAAUUUUAAAACUUUUUAUAUUUUUGCAAUAAAAUACAUUUUGACAUCUUUGGCAUAAUGUCAGUAACCUACAUAUUCCAGUGGUUUUAAAGACAGGCAAUUUAGUCAUAAUAGGGAAAAAGAGUCUUUUAGAUAAGAAAUCAUUAAUGCAUUUUUUUCUUCAUCAAACAUAUACCUGCUUCCAUUUUUCAUUUUGCAGUUCUCUAUAUUCUUUAUUUUUAAAAACUUCAUCUUGAUAUUUAAUGUCACAAAGUUUUUUAAAAAGCUGUUUAAACUUGUUAAAUCUGACAUUUUUUGUCUUCUUAGCCUAAGAUCUUAUAAAUACUUUACAAAAUCCCUCUUUAUAUCAAAACCUUUUGGGGAUCCUUAUCGGCACACCCACGGGGUAUUUCUUUGUUCUUCGCUAGGCCUACAGAACACAGUCUUUCCCAGACGUCUGCUCCCAUGGGUUUCCAUUCUUGUAAUGGUUGCCAACCCGCAAUGUCAUUGAUCAGCAGGCAGUGAAGUUUAUUUUCUGUUUUUGUCUCUUUUAUUCUUAAAAACUUCCUCUAAGGUGGUAGAAAUAAAUUUUUUAUAAGCAAAACCAAAAAAGAUGAAAGGAAUUUCUGCCCAUACCACAUUGACCAUUAGGCCUCGCCAUUACUUUAAUGUAGACUCAUAGCUAAAAGUACAGAAUGAACACUGACUUACUAGAUGUUCAUUGAUAUGCUUAGUAUGCUGCCACAUAAAGUGAAUUUAAUUAUAUUCAACCAAAGCAAUAUACUCUUACCUGAUUCUAGGCCCCGUGACCCAGUGUCUGGAGACAUUCUAACCAGUUGUUUGCUUUUAAAUGAGCAAUUUCGUUUUGGGAAACAUGUUUCAAAAGAAUAUAUACAUACAUGGGUAAAAUUAUUUUGUGUCUGGUCUUAUUAGAGAAUGUUUAUGGUCCCACUUGUAUAUGAAAAUGUUAGAAUGUUAAUUGGAUAAUGUAUAUAUAAGAAGUUUAAAAAAAGUAUGUAAAGCAUAACUUCAGCCACCUUUAAAAUACUGUUUAACAUUUUUGCAAAACCUUGCAGGAAAAGAGAACUCUACAUGAAGAUGACUUUUCUAUUUCAGAUUUUAUUUUAAAAGCCAUGUCUGUUAAAUAAGAAAGAACACAAAAGCAUCCCAAAUUCCUGGUUCAUCAUUCUGUAUUCUUACUCACUUUUUCAAGUUAUCUAUUUUGUUGCAUAAGCUGAUUGUUAACUGUUCAUGGAACAGCAAACAAAUGCCUGUUUAAUAAAGAACUCUGACCAAGGCUAUAAAUGCCAGUUACAUUAUUUUCAGUAUUGUUGGUUAUAUUUAAAUUUUCCUUAUAAUAAAGCACACCUUUAUAAUAAAAUAUAUGAAUUACUGUUUUUAAUACUUUUUCUCUUAUUUCUUUAAUAUGAUUUGCGUAAUGCAUAAUGCACUGAACAGCGUGAUAGAGAUGUGGCAUGGGGAAGCUAAGCCCCAAGACAUAACAUAAAAAGAAAGUACAGUUCUGUGUAACAGUCGGUUUGUUUUAAAAAUUUUUAAGUAUUGGUCAUGUAUGAGAGAAAUAAUUGUAGUAAUGUUACAGGUCAAUUUAGACAUUUAGAAUAACCAAAUAAAUCUGGCUAACUAGGGACUUUAUGUGUAAACUUACCUAAUUAAAACAGCUCAAGUUUGA